CGCUCCGCCCCGGCGCCAUUUCCGGGAGCAGCUGAGCGCGCCUAGGUAUCUGUACUGUGGCCACCAGAUCCUGCAGGAUGUUUCACGGGAUCCCAGCCACUCCUGGCAUGGGAGCCCCUGGGAACAAGCCGGAACUGUAUGAGGAAGUAAAGUUGUACAAGAAUGCUCGGGAGCGGGAAAAGUAUGACAACAUGGCAGAGCUGUUUGCAGUGGUGAAGACAAUGCAGGCGCUGGAGAAAGCAUACAUCAAGGACUGCGUCACCCCCAAUGAGUAUACUGCAGCCUGUUCUCGGCUCCUGGUCCAGUACAAAGCUGCCUUCCGGCAGGUUCAAGGCUCAGAAAUCGGCUCCAUUGAUGAAUUCUGCCGAAAGUUCCGUCUGGACUGCCCGCUUGCCAUGGAAAGGAUUAAGGAAGACCGGCCCAUCACCAUCAAGGACGACAAGGGCAAUCUCAACCGAUGCAUUGCUGACGUGGUCUCGCUCUUCAUCACAGUCAUGGACAAGCUUCGCCUAGAGAUCCGCGCCAUGGAUGAGAUUCAGCCUGACCUACGGGAACUGAUGGAGACCAUGCAUCGCAUGAGUCAUCUGCCCCCAGAUUUCGAGGGCCGCCAGACAGUCAGCCAGUGGCUGCAAACUCUGAGUGGCAUGUCGGCCUCUGACGAGCUGGAUGACUCUCAGUCUGUUUUCAGCAGUCCUCCCAGUGAGCACUGGGAUAGAACGCACCUUCCACCUGGGCCAGGUGUGGCUGAAAUCUGGUGACCUCUUAGCCUGAGUGUUCGAGGAGUUGGAGGCCUGAUGAACCAAACCACAGCCGGGCUGUCUCACCGGGCAUUCUCCUGUGUUUGACUACAAUUGUGCCCUGCUGCUCGCAGUCCUGCAGGGGACUGCAGUGAGCCAGGAGGUGUGGUCCACGUUGCAGCAACUUUGGCCUCCAGGUAGUGUGCAUGGCAGAGUUUAAUCACAGCACUUGCACAGGCCCCCCCCCCCCCUUUAUCUGG